GCCUCUCAACCUUUCUCCGUUGCCUAAGGCAGAAGGAGCUGAAACAACUCAAUGGGGAAUUGUUGGAGUCAUGCAUCAGGUUCUCCAGGUGGUCCUCCCAACUCCAAUACUGCCCCUGACCCCAACAAUCAAUCAGGGAGCAUUCAGUUUUCUACUGUUCUCAGCAAUACGAGAUUAAUACAGAAUGGCAAUUCUACUUCUCUUGGUCACUCUGGAGGAAUCACUCGGUUCUUUGGGCCAAGUAGUAGUAAUAAUAACUCAACGGGAAAUAAUACUAGUAAAUCCCUUUGGGGCUCUGAGAAUAGCCAAUCCUCUCGAGUAAGAGAUGAAGAGGAAUUUCCUUAUGGGCAGAUCUUGGAUUCUGCAAACUUGAGAGUAUUUACUUUGGCAGAACUGAGGGCAGCCACCAAAAAUUUCGGAGCUGACACUGUGUUAGGAGAGGGGGGGUUUGGUAGAGUAUACAAGGGUUGGAUUAAGGGAAGAGCAGCAUCUAAUAGAGGUGAAGGAUUGACUAUUGCCAUCAAGAAAUUGAAUUCUGAAAGCAGGCAAGGAGUUGCGGAAUGGCAGUCAGAGGUGAGUUUCUUAGGAAGGCUUUCUCAUCCCAACCUUGUAAAGUUAUUGGGAUUCGGGCGAGAGGAAAGUGAGCUAUUCUUGGUGUAUGAGUUUUUGCAUCGGGGCAGCUUGGAUAAUCACCUAUUUGGAAGAGGUGCAAGUGUUCGGCCACUUUCAUGGGACACAAGGCUAAAGGUUAUGAUUGGAGCAGCUAGGGGACUAAAUUUCCUUCAUUCCUUGGAGAAGAAAAUUAUAUAUAGAGAUUUUAAGCCCUCGAAUAUACUUCUUGACAAGGCAUAUACAGCCAAGUUAUCAGACUUUGGGUUGGCCAAAUCUGUUCCUUCUGCUGAUCAGUCUCACGUAUCAACCCAGGUUGUGGGAACACAUGGCUAUGCUGCUCCUGAGUACAUCGCCACAGGUCAUUUGUACGUUAAAAGUGAUGUGUAUGGAUUUGGGAUUGUUUUGGUGGAGAUGCUGACUGGCAAGAGGAUAGGUGAAAUAAUGCGCUUGUGUCAGCAAAAGUCCUUGCUGGAUUGGCUCAAAUCGAAUCUAUUAAAUAGAGGGAAAAUGAGAAGCACAAUGGAUGCAAGGUUGGAAGGCAAGUAUCCACAAAACUUGGCUUUACAAGUAGCUCAACUUACUCUCAAAUGCAUCCAAGUAGACCCCAAAGUGAGGCCAUCAAUGAAAGAAGUUGUUGAAACAUUGGAACAGAUUGAAGCAGCCAAUGAGAAACCAGCUGAUAACAGAAAGAGGGCCUCUAAUUCCCGGUUAAUUCGACAACAUGGCCCUCCAGAUGGUGGUUAAUUGAACCCCAUCAACACCAUCCAUUUUAUAGCUAAAGGUGCCUGUCCUAGUGGCCUUGUGGGGUUGAGCUUUUAUAAUGUACAUAAAUAUAUGCCAAAAAGACCUGGGAACAUAUUUGGAUUUGGGAUGAGGCCUUGAAAUAAAUCUUUGGUGCUACUGUUGCAUCAAAGAUUAAGUGCAUCCUAUCAAUGAAAAUAUUACAUAGUAGUCAAAAUUCUCUCUCCUCUGCCAAUUUCUCUCUCUCUCUCCUCUGACAUGUAAUACUCGAGUUGGUGGGAUUGUGCUACAUAUGCACCUAAGAUUUAUUGGAGGCCUUGAGGUUAUCUGCCUAAGGGUGAGCCUGUGACACUUGGCUUUAUGUGCACCCUAAAACUAGGCCCUCAGCUGGCAUUCAUAAGCAAGCAGGUCCCUUGUUAAUUGUUAAUGUAAGUUUCGUUCCAUCUGGACUAUAAUGUAUCAAAGUGUCUCACGGCUCGAUUUUUCAACUACUCACCUUCCCAUCUCGCUUUCUUUAGCUACCUUUAUUGCCUAUCUAGUUGAUUUAGAAAUUUCUA